AUGCCAUACGCCACGACCCUCGACGGUUCAAAGUUUCACUAUACGAUUCCCCCCAAGCAGAUUAACGGUGCACACGAAGUACAUGAAGACCCUAACAAACCAUUCUUGAUCAUGCUGCAUCCGCGGGUUCUAGACUCGACCUUUUUCGAGCCCCAGUUCCAGGACGAACGGUUGCUCGCGCAUUAUAACAUGAUUGCUAUAGACCACCACUUUCACGGGCUCUCCAAGAUAUCCCUGGACGGAGGCCCGUACGAUUACUGGAAGUCUGCAAGAGACCUCUUGGCAGUCCUGGACGCGUUACAAAUCGGCCGAUGCCAUAUUCUGGGAGCACAAAUGGGGGCGCUCCUCGUGCUUCGCAUGGCAAUCCUAGACCCCAAUCGGUUUCUCAGCAUCAUACUCAGUCCGGUCCCCCCACCUAUAGAUUUGCUGCCCAAUCUUAGGGAAUACCGCGGAAUGCGGGACGACUGUCGAGCGACGAUGGAGAAUGAAGAGAAUGAAGAGGAUACGUUUAGGCCCAUGUUGGAAGCGGGCAGAUGGGCGUACUAUGGAUCGUUCCGACAGGGCACGAGUAAGAAUUGGCUCGAACACACGAACUUCCGACCCUCUAAUCCGGCCUAUGUUGAGAAAAUUUUUUCGUCGCUCAUUGACCGCGAUAAGAUUGCGGACGAGGAUUGGGAAAAGAUUGAUGGACACCCCGUGCUCAUCCUAGAGGGAGGCCAGUACUUUUGGCCCAUUGCACCGAGUACAUCCAACAUUACCUAUGACAAGCUCUCCAAGGCCCAACGAACCAUCAAGUUUAUAGACGGCGCACCCCAUAUGGUGUCGAGGACGCAUGCGCACGUUGUCAACCCGAUCAUUGCAGACUUUUUAGACGCGCAGGAGAGCCGCAGAAAGUAG